AUAGAAUUGCCACGGUUCUUUGGCGACUGGCAGGGUUUGAAUCGUCAGACGAGUAAUAUGGAGCUUCUUCAUUGUUUCGUAAACGACUCCCAGUUUGUUUGGCAGUAGCGGAAAAAACAGCUAUACUAGAAGCUCACCUUCGCCGCCCACAUAGCUCCUCCAACAAAAAAGCAAAAAAAUGGGUUGCUCCCAGUCCAAGAAGCCGUCUCUCAGCUCGGUCGUCCCGAACGAGGAUGGUGGCUCCCCUGUGAAAACCGCCAAUAAAAGUGAAGUUGCGGCGAAGGUCGGCUGCAGCAAAACCAUCAAGCUUGACUCCUGGUUGACCCGAGUUCCGGUAGUGGACUGGGAGAAAAGCGAUGUGCACCGGUGGCCCGCGCGAUCGGUAGAUUGGGGGGACAUGGAGAGAUGGGAAGCCACUCUCAACGAAGACCUGGCACGUGAGGGAAAAGCAGCUGAUGUCGCGAGUGGAGGCAAGGAAAGGAAAGCUGCGCUUGCGGUAGAACUUUGUGUUUAGAUAGAAGCAAUUCAAAAUAAACCUUUUGAUUGAGAUUCGUCGUGGUUGCAGAGAAUUGAGAUGCUGUGCAUCACUUUAAGAAAAUCACUCUCUCUCAGGGCCGCGAGGAAGAAGUCUUGGGGCGGUUGCGAAAGGAGUGCGGCGUAGCUUUCCAGUCAGACGAUUUCUUGAAGAAGGCGCUGCGAACUCAUCUGUAAGAUCGUUGAGCACUUUUUGUAUAAGAAUGUUGUGUUUCAGGUUCCUAUGUUAGUUUACGUGACAUAGCAGCUUCACAUGUGUUGCGACGCAGAAGUGUUUUGACACUGACAAAAGAAGCCAAAACGCUUGAGCAUCUCCUUUUCGGAAGUUCCUUGAACCUCUCGUCAGGUAUCUUCAAGCCGAUGAAGCUCGUGCAAGUUCCUCUUCAACGGCGGCAACCGCAGCGGAUGUGCCGCGCGUGGCACCGAGUAAUAUGAUGACCUUCGCCCCAUUCCCGAUGUUCUCCGAAGUCGCGAAAGCCGACACUGCGAAACUAGAUGCACUGGUCGCGGAGUGCCGGAAGGUGCCGAUCAUUUGGACGCCCUUGCCCACUGAUGUGAUCAAGCGAGACGAGGUUCCGGUUUUACACAGCAGCAGUUGUAGCUCUUCAUCUUCAAAGUCAAACUCGAACGCCCGCCCGGCGGAGACACUCCUAGAAGCUGUGGGAAGCAGUGAAAUAAUAAAACCCACGCGGAACAACACUAGUUCAGCCAGUAACUCUAACUCUUCUGCAAAAGAGGAGAACAAGACGAUGACCACGGGCCUGACUUGUUCUAGUAGCGAAAUAAAUAUACCUGGCAAGCCACUAGAAGAUCCUGCUGUCGCUUCCACAAGCACGGUUUCCUCCUCCUCCUCCUCGUCUAGGAGCAAGGGCUCGGGAAAAUCUGCUGGUAAAACUGCUGCGCAGUACAAGGCAUACUACUCUUCGAAGAAAGGUAGUAAAGGCAAGAGCAACGGGAAGAAGCCCGGGGGAAAAAAAGGAAUGUCGGAUAACAAGGGGACAAAAUCUGGGCCGGUGGUAACCUUUGCAAACAAGACACCGAAUGAUGAAGAAGACCACGAGGCGACGAAAAACAAAAACACAACUGUGCCACCGCCAGGUGGUCAACGUGUACCUACAACAGGCAAAGAACCCAAGAUUGUCUCCUCCACUUCCACGCUGGCAACCCCGAGCAGGACCACUGGAAUAUUAAAAUCGUCGCGCUUGAGAACGUUCGAAGAGAGGCGGCACAAAAUGCUACCGAAGUUUGACCAGACCUACGCGCAGCGGUUCGAGAAGCUGACUCUGGAAGAGAGGCGGAAGAAGAUAGCGUUGCGGAAAGCUUUUCUAUUCCGCCUGCCGAAGAAAAGCAAACCGAUUUUGCACGACCCGGACCCGGAAUUCGGCUGUAAACCAGGCCGAUUUUUUCUGUUCGGAAAAGAAGACGACGUUUCGCCGAAUAGAUUAAAGUCGCCCGGACUGGAUUCUAGCAGCUCCUCUUCCUCGUCUGGUAGUAGCAGCAGCAGCAGUGGGAGAAGUUCCUCGAGUUCUAGUAGUAGCAGUUCAUCCGCCUCUAGUUCCGACACGAGUUCUUCUUCUUCCUCGAGCGGCGAGUCUUCCUCCUCUUCGAGUGGCAAAGGAUCGCCGGCGCAGCCGAAGUAGGCUAGCAAGUCGCGAGGUAGGAGGACAACGGUUUUUGUUCACGCGUAAGAAGUAUUUUGUGGGCAUUCACAGUGAAGUGCUUGGGUGUGUUUCAAACUGUUUCUUGAAUUGACAAAAAAAGCCCGAGAAUAGAAGUCAUUCUGUAAACAGUAACGGUUUCUCUGGAACUGGAUGUAAAAUCGGCAUUAUCAGAAGUUUCGAGGUGGAAUAAAGAAGACAUCGUUGGACAAUUUUUGAAGGCCUUUGCAAAAAGGGCAGAAGGAAUACGCCAGGUAACGAACAAUUCAUGAAAUAAGCUCGUGGCUUGCUGUCUAAGUCUAUCGACGAGAUGUGGGAG